AUGGAGGAUGAAAAAAAAGUUAAAUUCACUGCUCAAGAUUUAUAUGAUAAAAAAGCUGACAAAACAGAGCUUCAAACGUUAAAGACAGAAAUACUUCAAACAGUAUAUCCUAUAGGUUCUAUUUACACGUCAAUGAACUCUACCAAACCAGAAGUAGUACUUGGUUUUGGAACUUGGACUCAAAUAGUCGACAGGUUUUUGUAUUGUACAAACUCUUCAAAGGAAACAGGUGGAAGUAAAACGAUUUCAGGUGCAAAUUUACCUGCGCACAGUCACUACAUAGAUUUAAGUACAACUAACGCAGGUUGGCAUAGUCAUAGAUAUUGGGAUUGGUCAUCAAUGACAAAAGGUAAAGGAUAUGAUGUUAAAAACAACGUUAAGUUUGCUAUAGAUUGUUACUGGAGUAACACUGAGGGAGGAGGAAACCAUAUACAUCGCGUUUCAGGAUAUACACAAACAACGGGACAAAGUAAAGACUACAUGCCACCUUACAUGACAGUUUACGCAUGGUAUAGAAUUGCUUAG